UGAAAAACAGAAAAAAAACCCAAAUAUUCUGCUUUAAUGCUUUGAAAAAUAUGAGUUAACACCAUGUCGUUUGGCAUUUUCACUCUCUCUGAAUAUAUGUGGUUUAGGUUAGUGCCUUCACAGGGUGACUAUUAAAUCAUUGAGUGACAGAACUGAGAAAAAAAAUCUCUCUCUUCCCCCUAACGCUUCAUCUGUUCAACUUCCUCAUUCGCUGACUUGUGUUAAAUGUGACCUAAGAGACACGCUUCUGAAACAAGAACGAAAACCGACGACCAAAACACGCAGACAGCAACACACAAAGGGACGCACAGACACACAGAGGCAGAGGCAACCGGUCUGUACCUUCUUUACCUGAUGAAGUGACACAGCUGGACCCUGUGUGGACGGUUUUUUUUCGGAGCAGGAAAACUUUAGGUUGAAAGAGAGAAGGUCUUCACAGCCAGCAUGCUCCGACAGUCUCUGAGCAUCCUGAAGCAGUUUGGCUAUGCUGUAAAGUCACAAGAUGCCACUGAACUUCUACAUGAGGACCUCGUUAUGGUGGAGCAGCGGGUGGAACCGGCCAAGAAGGCGGCUCAAGUGCUGCAUAAGAAGCUGCAGUGCUGCAUGCAGAGUCAGACGGGGCUGGAGGCUGAAAAACGAAUGAAAAAGCUCCCUCUGAUGCUGCUGUCUAUCAGCAUGGCAGAAAGCCUCAAAGACUUCGAUGCAGAGUCCUCUAUCAGGAGGGUGUUGGAGAUGUGCUGUUUCAUGGAGAAGAUGUUGGCCACGAUGCUGGCAGAGUUUGAGAUGAAAGUAGAGAAGGAAGUCCUGGAGCCGCUCAACAAGCUCAGCGAGGAUGAUUUACCAGAGAUCCUCAAGAACAAGAAGCAGUUUGCAAAGCUCACUACAGACUGGAACAACGCAAAAAUCAAGAGCCAGGCCAGCACUGGUCCCCAGGCAAAGCAGGAUGGUCUCAGGGAAGAAGUGGAGGAGGCUUGGAGGAAGCUGGAGAGCAUCAAGGACCAGUAUUCAGCAGAUUUGUAUCACUUUGCAACUAAAGAAGAUGAUUACGCUAACUACUUCAUCCGUCUUCUCGAGCUCCAAGCAGAGUACCACAAAACUUCACAACAGUUCCUUGACAAAAACAUCAGCGAGCUCAAAGAGAAUCAUAGUCAAAAAGGGCCACCACUAUGCCUCUCUAACCAGAAGGUCUAUGGGGAGCCUCUGCUCUCCCAUCUGUCUCAAAGCAACAGAGAAAUUGCUACACCCAUCCAGGAGUGUAUUCACAUGCUGCUGAGAACAGGCAUGAGAGAGGAGGGUCUGUUUCGGCUGGCGGCGGCAGCCUCGGUGGUGAAGAGGCUAAAGACUUGUCUGGAUCAAGAGAUGGUUGACCACAGCGAGUUCAGCAUGGACCCUCACGCUGUGGCCGGAGCUUUGAAGUGUUACCUGAGAGAACUCCCUGAACCUCUUAUGACCUUUGAACUCUACAAUGACUGGUUUAAAGCAGCAGGGGAGAAAGACUUGACAGAGAAGAUGGAGCAGUUCAGAGUACUGCUGAAGAAACUGCCGCUUGAAAAUUACAACAACCUCAGGUACCUGAUCCAGUUCUUGUCUCUGUUGUCGGAGCAGCAGGCUAUAAACAAGAUGACCCCCAGUAACAUUGCCAUCGUCUUGGGGCCCAACUUGCUUUGGCCACAAGCUGAAGGGGAAGUUGCUCUGUUUGACAUGGCGUCAGCUUCUUCAGUCCAGGUGGUGACGGUCAUUGAGCCUCUUAUUCAGUACAGCUCCAGCCUCUUUCCUGAAGCUGUAUCCUUUGAGAUCCCAGAGCUUCCCGAGGUCCAAGAUGUGACCCUGUCUGCCCCUGUUACCCAGUGUCUGAUGUCACAAAAAGAGAAACUGAACAGAACAGUGUCCUCCUCUUCCUCCACUGCCUCCUCCUGCUCCUCCCAUCAUGUCCUUCUCUCCAAGACAAACAGCACAGCCUCUCAGGACAGUGGCGGCUUCUUCUUGAUGAAAUCCGGCUCUGUGAGUCGCAGUGGCACCUCCACAUGGGCCAGCCCUACAGCUGAGUCGACGACCCCGGCCCAACAAAACACAACACCCAGCAGUUCAUCCUCCAUCGAUCCCAUCUCCUUUCUGGCCCCUAACGCUUUCACUGCCUGCAGCUCAACAGCAAACCAAAACCCACCCCCACCUCCCACAGCUACAGGAUCAGUGUCAAGCCCAGGUCAGACCUGGACUCCCACCCAGAGGCAGUGCUCAGAUCAGGGCCAGCUGGAGCCAAUAUUGGAAGCACCUCCAGAUUCUCCGAGAGCCUUUGUGAAGCUCUCCACACCGUAUAAACCAAAGAGAUCUUUCAACGUGAACAAAGAUAAUGAGCAGGCCACAGUUCUCUUCUCCAAACCGAGAGCCCCAGCGCCUUCUAAACCCCAGGCCCCGCCGCCACCCCCCAUUUCGGCUGCGCCAGCAGACACUAAGACCCAGCCGACGCCUGCACCCCGAGCUCACCCGGCCAUCCCCAAGAAGCCUCCGCCGAAAAAGCCUGGACUCAAAGCCCCAAACUGCCCUCCACCACUUCCUCCUCCAUCACAGGCAAAAGAGGUUCCUUCUAUAGCACAGUGAGAAACGUUAUGUAUGUGUGACUGUGACUUUUUGUUGUUGUACAUCUUCAAAAAGGUAUAUUGGCUGUCUAGCACAGUUGAAACACUUGCGAUUCGUGAAAAAAUCUUCCCUUUUAUACAUUUGCAUUUUUCACUAUUGCCAUUAUGUGUUGUGCAAUACCUUCCAGGAUGUAUUUUGAGGUGAAGAGUUGCAGCUUAAUUUACAUUUUUUUGGUCCACUCACCUUUCUGUAAUCAGUAUAAUUUAUUUAUUUUUCAAUUGCCGCUGUGCCACAUUUCCCAGAAUGCAAAGUACAUGCAGGAAAGUGAGUGUUCCUGGUUUAAAAAAUAAUCAGACAUCCAAAACAAAUUGCUACAGUUGCUGUUUUAAAGUGUUUUUAGGGUAUAAUUUUCUAUAAAUGUAAUAAAGAAUAGUAUCCAUGUCAGCUAAUAAAGGAUAAGAAAAUUAUUUAAUGAAACUUGAGACUGCAUUUGGGUUUCUGUUGGGGACUUUUCAAUUGUUAACUGAUACUCCACCAGAGCUGUGAUGAUCUUGAAUUCAUGUCAGAUACAACAAAUUCCAAAAGGAAUCAAAAAUAAUUCACUUUUUACAAACACCUUU